GGAGGAGGAGGAAGGGGGCGAAGAUGGCGGCGCCGGCCGUUCCCGAGCAGCUGCCGCCGCCACCGCAGAGGGGGGAGGAGAACGGCUGCGAGAACAGCCCCAGCUCGGGGGAAUCCGGGGAGGAGAAGGGCGAGUCAUCGUACCAGCGCUCCCGAUGCAAGCUGGAGAACCUGCUCAACAAGAGCAUGCGCAUCCGCAUGACGGACGGGCGCACCCUGGUGGGCUGCUUCUUGUGCACCGACCGAGACUGCAACGUCAUCCUGGGCUCAGCCCAAGAGUACCUGAAACCCACAGACUCCUUCUCCGCAGGAGAGCCCCGCGUCCUGGGACUGGCCAUGGUUCCCGGACAUCACAUCGUCUCCAUCGAAGUCGAGUUGGAGAGCUUGGCCUCCCUGCAGUACCUCUGACGCACCAGCAGAGAGCAGCCGGUCUUGACGCUUGGGGAGAAAAAACGGAUCCGGCAACUCGCAGGGACUCUGCGGAGCACGUUUUUCCACACACACACCUUCUGGCCUCUCCUCCCGCCGCCGGGCUUUGCCUGGACACUGGCUGCACUGGACUGAUUUGUGGUGGGCAGAACGGCCCCGUUCCCCCAGGACUUGGGAAGCCUCCAGCCCUACCGAAGUGUCUGCGUUUUAAAGAUGUUUGUUAAAUCUAUUAAAAUCUGGUUAU